AUGACUGCUCCUGUCGACUUAGAUUCUUCAGUUUCGUCAUCUACUCUACCGCCUUUAAGUAAUGAUGCCUCAAACGCUCCUCUUGAUUCGAUAUCUGGCGCGCACGAUUUGUCAACUCCAUCAGCAACUUCGACUCGCUGUGCUAGACAAGAAACUUCUCAAAGUCAAGCUUUGCUUUCAUUACCUGAAGGCAGCGAUCAUUCAGGUAAAUCUAAUCGAUCCUUUUUGCAUUCUGUGUUGUCUCGGGUUACCGAAGCCAUCAAAGAACACGAUAGGCGCAAAGUUCCCCAGCUUGCUCUUGAUACAACCGAAUCAUUGCUUCUUGCCGAAUCUAUCAAUUUGCUACCGGCUUCUGAGAGCCUUUCUAGUGCCCAGCCUGUGUGUGAGCCUGAACAGAUCUCUUUCAGCGAACCAGCACCUGAAUCGGGCUUUGUAUCUGAAUUGACUAGUGUUGCUGUGGCUAAGGAACCAGAGACAACUUCAACUAGAGAGUUGGAAAAUAAAAUUGGCAUUCAGGAAAAUCUCAUAUUAACAGGAAAUGAGGAUAUUGAAGAAGAGGGGUCUUAUCAACGUCGGCGUAAGCGAAAAUUGCGUAAGCUUCUCGGCGAUCCUAUUUUGGGUGAACCCGAGCCACCGCAAAUCCGAGAUCACUGUAAUGGGGCCAGAAAGUUAUUCCACUUAGAUAUCGUAAGUCCAGUUAUGCAGACAUCGAAAAACCAAGGAAAAUCGGCAGAUCAGUCUCUUCUCCAUUCCAUCCCCCGUCCAAUCACAGAUACUAAUUGCCAUUCAACAAUUUCUGUAGAGACAAACAGCCUUAAUCAUCCCAUUGCUUCAUUACCAACCGGAUCACCUUCUAUGUACAAACGAUCUGCCUAUGGCGCUCCUGAUAAUCUAAGUUCUGAUACAGAGGCUGCAGAUGAUAAUGCAAUUACCGCACAGCGCCCUGCCCUGACGACCGUUUCUAAAUUGUCUGCCAACCUCACCUCUAGGAAUGAUACAGAGGAUAGUAAUGGAAGAAAUGUCUCCGCCGCCGAAGUGAGUUCGAAUCAGAAUUGUAUGAGCGAAUCAGAUCUGAAUAAGGCACUUUCUUUGCCUAAGCCCACAGAUAACAAAAAAGAUUGGGUCAACAUAAGUCAUCGACCAUUGUUUAAUGAGAAAAUGAAGCGGGCUAAUCGACCAGACUCCAAAUCCCUUUCAGAUGAUAUACAAUUUGAGAGACCAGGUAGGAUGAAAAAAGCAGGCAUAGUAGAUGGAGAUUUAAUGGUUUCUUCUGCUAUUUUUUCAAGCUCUCACAUUAGUGACCAGAACAAGGAAUUUGUAGGCCAAAUGACUGCCAUCUUAGAUCCUACUGCAGCUGUGAGCAAUGAAAUUGAGGUGAGGAUAUCAGAAGAGGAAUUAAGAGAUAAUGUAGAAAAUCGUAUCGUAGGGAAAAGUCUUGACCGUACUACAUCAAGGGACAAGCUUGUAUUUCCACCUCAGAUGAAUAACGACCGCUCUGACAUAGAAGAGAAAAGACGCCGACUUGAUCAAAGAAGUUUUAGCAUCACUAGCAAGAACGACGAUCUCUCUACUCAAUUUGCAGAUAAAACUGUCCCACCGACAUCUGUCGAAUCUGGAGAGACCAAUUUAGCCCGAGGAUCUAACCACCGACAUUCUUUCUCAUCCAAGGAGGCUGUCUCAACUCGUAUCCUACCACGAAGACCUUUGCGUCCUCUACCAAACAACGUUCUUGCCUGGAUCGUGUCUACUUGCCCUGAACCCGCUGAUGAACAACAGCGCCUGAUUAAAUUGCUUGCCUGCUCACAGUCCCUCAGCUCUACCAAAACCGCUAACUCCGCUUUAGAAUCUUCGAAUGCUUUAAAUUGUUCUAGCAAUGAUCUCGUCAGAUCGCCGAACGAUUUUUUGGCUACCUUGCGCUCUGAGUUAGCUUCAUUUGCUCGUCCAAAAAGGCGAGAUCGCAAUUUUCGUCCUCGUUCUCUCACUGGCAUAUUGCUCGCCCCGCCAUCGCCACAAGUCUCAUCGGAAUUGCCCCAAGAAUUCUCCUCGACACCUGAUUCAUCAGUAUCAAAAGAAGUGGUUUCACAUAACUCUUCACAUUCCACUUCCCACUCAACCUCCUCGACCUUGGAGAAGGUCACCACUAAUGCUGUUUCCCCCUAUAAACCGCCCCCUAUGGCUAGGCAUUCCGACGCCAUGGUCCUUACGUCACCCGUUCUGGUCCUACCGCCAUCCUCAAGCGAAGUGCCCUUGGAACGAAAUUUGCGUGCUAUUAAUGACAAGGUAGCCAAGUCAGAUCAAGCCGUCCAGACACCGAGCUCUCCGAAAAAACAUAUUGUUUCUUCGUUUACUUCGCCCAUGCCACAGCACAUGACUUUAUCAUCGAUGCUUUCGAAAUCAACAUCUCCUCUAAUUACUCUAACUAGUGCUAUAGGCGUGGGCACGUCGCCCAGUUUGCUUCCCCCAUCACCACCAUCAUCCUUAGCGAAUUCUACCUCCUCUGCGACUGUGCAGACUUCCCCAUCGAGCAUCAUACACAAAAAUUUGCCUUCAAUUGCAAUGAGCCUUACACAGGCCUCUCAAAUGUCAAGUUCUAUGGCCUCAUUCGCAACUUCCGCCGACGCAUUUGGUUCUGUGGAUGCAGCUUCCAUGUUUUCUGGCCUCCGAGCUGUCUACAGGCAAAUGAAUAUUAUUGCAGAUCGAGAAGAGGCUCUGUAA